GCCACACUACACACAUAAUUCAACUCUCAAUAAUUUUCUUUUUGUCAAAACCCUACCAAACCAAAACAAAAAUAAAAAUAAGAAAUGUCUUCCACCACCUCACUCCUCCACAAGACCACCGUGCACCACCGUCUCGCCGCCGCGAACAGAGCUCACAUCCUCCUCCACCUCCUCCUCAUUUUAUCCAUUUUCUACUACCGUUUCUCGACUUAUAUCGAUAUCGAGGCUACGACGUCGUUUUACGCCAACUUUUCGACGUUUGCAUGGCUUUGCAUGGUGGUAGCCGAGCUCAUACUAACCCUAGUUUGGCUCUUUAGCCAGUCUUUCCGGUGGCGGCCGCUCUCCCGGAGCGUCUUCCCGGAAAAUCUCUCCGGCGAGAAAGACCUGCCGGGCCUCGAUAUUUUCGUGUGCACGGCCGACCCGAGUAAGGAACCAACCCUAGAAGUGAUGAACACGGUGAUUUCCGCCAUGUGUUUGGAUUAUCCGCCGGAGAAACUCGCGGUUUAUCUCUCGGAUGACGGCGGCGCCGCCGUGACUCUGCAUGGGAUGAGAGAAGCGGCCGCGUUUGCAAGGUGGUGGGUCCCGUUUUGCAGGAAGUAUGGCGUGGAAACGAGGGCUCCCGGAGCUUACUUUUCCGGCAGGAGCGGCGGCGAUGAAUGUCAACAUGGUGAUGAGUUUGGAGAUGAAGAAAAAGAAAUAAAGUUAAGGUACGAGCAUUUCAAGAAAUUGGUCGAAAACGGAGACGGUACGCAAGUCGACGACGUCAAUAGCAUCUCCGGCGACGGCCGACCACCUUUAGUUGAGGUGAUUCAUGACAACAGAGGCAACAAUGAUGAGAAUGCUGCAAAGAUGCCGCUGCUUGUCUACGUCUCUCGCGAAAGAAGGCCAUCCUAUCCUCAUCGCUUCAAGGCCGGAGCUCUCAACAGCCUUCUUCGAGUUUCAGGAAUUUUGAGCAAUGGCCCUUAUGUUGUGGUACUAGACUGUGAUAUGUAUUGCAAUGAUCCGGCCUCAGCUAAACAAGCAAUGUGCUUGCAUUUGGAUCCAAAUAUGUCUUCUAAGCUAGCAUUUGUUCAGUUUCCGCAAGUCUUUUACAAUGUCACCAAGAAUGACAUCUACGAUGGCCAAGCCAGAUCUGCCUUUAAGACCAAGUGGCAAGGUAUGGACGGAUUAAUGGGACCGGUUCUGACAGGCAGCGGGUAUUAUUUAAAGAGAAAGGCAUUAUAUGGAAGCCCUGAUCAAGAAGAUACUUAUCUCCAUCAACCCGAUGCUUCGUGUUUUGGUGAUUCAAACAUGUUCAUUGCAUCAAUCAAUGAAGCUCUGGGGAAGGCAGAAGCCUCAACAGAGGAGCUGCUACAUGAGGCACAUUUAUUGGCAAGUUGCAGCUUUGAGAAGGGAACAAAAUGGGGUUCUGAGAUAGGCUAUUCAUAUGAUUGCUUGCUAGAAAGCACUUUUACCGGGUAUUAUAUGCAAUGCAAAGGAUGGACAUCAAUGUACUUGUACCCGAAAAUCCCAGCUUUUCUAGGUUGUGCUGCAAUCGAUAUGAAAGAUGGACUGAUUCAACUAAGAAAAUGGAAUGGGAAUCUUUUAGAACUCGGUUUCUCAAAAUUCAGUCCUCUUACAUAUGCACUCUCAUCAAGAAUGUCCUUCCUCCAUAGUAUGUGUUACGCGUACUUCUCCUUCCAGCCCCUCUGGGCCAUUUCAUUCCUGAUAUACGGCAUUGUUCCUCAGUUCUGCUUUGCCAGAGGCAUCCCUGUUUUUCCAAAGGUAACCGAUAGAUGGUUUAUUGCAUUUCUGGCUCUAUGGCUAUCCUCACUUCUGCAACACAUGUACGAGGUUUUCACAAGUGGAGGCACACUAAGAACAUGGUGGAAUGAGCAAAGAAUCUGGGUGAUAAAAGUAGUGGCUGGAAGUUUAUUUGGAUGCAUCGACUGCAUAAUGAAGAAGAUUGGCAAUUCAAAAACCGUCUUCAGGCUGACAAACAAAGCCAUCGCGAAAGAGAAAGUUGAGAAUUAUGAGAAGGGGAAGUUCGACUUUGAGGGUGCUCAGGUGUUCAUGGUUCCUAUGGUAGGCCUAGUUAUCUGGAACUUAAUUUGUUUGAUAGGGGGCUUGUGGAGUGUUUUUGACAGGGGAAAUGCAAGUGAAAUGUUUGGACAACUUGUACUCUCAACUUUUCUUUUACUUGUUAGUUAUCCUAUUAUUGAAGGAAUUGUUACUAGGAAAGGUAAGGGAAAGAUGUGAGUGAAAGAAAACUGGAGAUUUAGAGACUCCACUGUAAUAAAUUUAGUGAUAUGGAAGUUUUGUAUCACAUAUUGAUUGAUC